CCGAGCAUCCCUCAACUGCCCCAAUCCCCAAGCCUGGAAAAAAAAUCUAUCUUUAUGGCUAAUCUUCUUUCAAGCUGGUACAAGGAUAAAUCUUUGCCUGAGUCUUAUAUUUUCCCACCAGAUGAAAGGCCUGGCAAGCAUCUUGCUCCGAGAUGGAAUACCGUGCCGGUUAUUGAUCUUGGAGGUAACCGCAAUGACUUGGUCCACCAGAUUUUGAAGGCUAGCCAAGAGUUCGGAUUGUUUCAGGUUGUUGGCCAUGGAGUUCCAGCCAAACUCAUGAGUGAAGCCAUGAGUGUCUUCAAGGAGUUCUUUGAGAUGCCUGCAGAGGAUAAGGCGAGCCUCACCAUGUCCUCGGAUGAUCCGAUGAGAUGCAAGCUCGUAACUAGCUCUAUGGAUUAUGAAGGCGAUAGAAUCCACGUAUGGCGUGACAUUCUAAGACACCCUUGUCAUCCUUUACAGGACUGCAUCAAAUUUUGGCCUCAAAAGCCAACCAAUUACCGAGAGGUGGUAGCAGCAUAUUCAAUUGAAGCCAAGAAACUAGGAUUAAGAAUCCUGGAGUUGCUUUGUGAAGGAUUAGGCAUUGAAUCCGGGUACUUCGAAGGCCAACUAAGUGAAGAUCUGGAACUAGGGGUUAACUAUUACCCGCCAUGCCCAGAUCCGAGCUUGACUCUAGGCCUUCCUACACAUAUUGACCCUGAUCUCUUAACCAUUCUACUUCAAGACGAUGUCCGGGGCCUUCAGCUUUUAAAAGAUGGGGAAUGGAUCGGCGUUGAGCCUCUUCCUAAUGCAUUUGUAGUUAACAUAGGCUACCAGUUACAGGUAAUCAGUAACAAAAUGCUGAAGGGUGUAGAACAUCGAGCUGUGACGAACUCGAGUGACGCUCGAAUAUCGGCCGUCUUGUGUAUGAAUCCUUCGGGUGACAGCAUUAUAGAACCUGCAAAAUCUCUGGUGACAGCAACAAAUCCUCCAGUGUGUAGAGGUUUUCGAUUCAAAGAGUACAUGGAUAGCUUCUAUUCCAUGUACGGGAAUGCUGAUUUAGCUCUGCAGGCUUUUAAGCUGGAAUGCUGAAUCAGAUUACUGCUAUUAUAUAUAUAUAUAUGUGUGUGUGUGUGUA